AGCAUUUCUCUCCCUCGUACCCCUUGCACGGUCCACCCGCGCUGGCCAUGCUCCCCGAUCGUCAAGUUAAAGUCGGCGUGCUGGGUGCGACGGGCACUGUCGGGCAGCGAUUUAUCUCCCUGCUGGCGAAUCAUCCGUUUUUCGUGGUAGCUGCCUUGGGUGCCUCGGAGAGAUCUGCGGGAAAGCCGUAUGCGAAAGCAGUCAACUGGAAACAAACAGUGCCGAUACCCAGCGCCGUCCGCGAACUCGUCGUCCAGCCGUGCAAGCCCGAACACUUCCAGGAUUGCACGGUGGUGUUCUCGGGCUUGGAUGCAGAUGCAGCCGGAGAUAUCGAGGCUGCGUUCAGGGCUGCUGAGCUGAUCGUAUUUUCGAAUGCGAAGAACUACCGGAGGGACCCACAUGUGCCUCUGAUCGUCCCCCUCGUAAACCCCUCCCACCUCUCCAUCAUACCCCAACAACGAGCCCUGCAUUCGCCACCUCUUAAGAAAGGAUUCAUCGUCACGAAUGCAAACUGCUCCACGACAGGCGUCGUGAUCCCUCUUGCAGCCAUGGAGAAGGCCUUUGGCCCGAUCGAAUCAUGCAUAAUCACUACAAUGCAAGCCAUCUCCGGUGCGGGCUACCCAGGUGUAGCCAGCCUGGAUAUUGUCGACAACGUCGUGCCCUACAUUAGCGGGGAGGAAGAAAAGAUCGAGUGGGAGACGCUCAAGAUCCUCGGCGGGAUCACGGAAACCGAUGACGGCAAGAAGGCGUUCGACAUGCACGCGCGGCACCCACUACGCCUGUCCGCCUCCUGCAACCGUGUGCCGGUCAUUGACGGUCACACCGAGUGUGUCUCUGUUCGCUUUGCGCGGCGACCCCCGCCGAGCCCCCAGCAGGUCCGCGAGGCGCUGGCGGCGUACACGUCCGAUGCGCUCUCAUUGGGGUGCCCGUCGGCCCCACGGCAUACGAUAUUCGUGCACGAGGAGCCCGACCGGCCGCAACCUCGGCUUGACAGAGACUACCAGAACGGAGCGGGCGUCUCGGUGGGGCGAGUGAGGCAAUGUCGGGUGCUGGACAUCAAGUUUGUGGUUCUGUCGAAUAACGUCUGCAUCGGGGCGGCGACGAGUAGCAUCAUCAACGCAGAGAUUGCUAUCGCAAGAGGGGUUAUUCAGGUUUAGACAUCCGUACAUUAUUCAUAGGGAAGACAUCGCAUUUGAUACAUUGUACAAGUUAUUAUGUUGCAAGGACCGCUCACCACACUGCUAAUUUGAACUGGUCUGCUUUGCGCAUUACAGUAUCUAUUCGCUAUGUUGCCCAUUAUGACUUGCGUG